AUCGGUUUGAAAUUUCAGGAAAAAUAGCCCUCUGUUUCUGAAUUCUGAUUGCUCACCCAAAAAGCCCACGCAUCUUCUUCGUACAAAUCGCCUCUCCACCCCAUUUCAUAGUUCCCGUCUCCUUCAUUUAUCCCCUCUCCCAAUCCAAGCAGCUGGAAGUUAACAGCAGCAGCUCAUCUUCAUAGUCAUCGCUGUUUCUCCCGACAUAGUCAGCCAACUCUGUGUCUCUCUCAGUCGGCAGGCAUCAAUCAAAGGGUUUUCCCAGUAUCAGUUGCAGCCGAGCUGCAUCCCCAGAUCGUGAAAUCUAGAUUUGUCCUCCUUGGGGUGUAUUCAGAUGGCGUCCAACGUCCUCUCUGCCGCAGCUUCUGCAUCUCCUUCCACUUCCCCUGUCACUGACCUUCUCAAGGGAAAGGGAAGACUUGGGAGUGGCAAUGUCGGUUCUUUGUUUAUCAAGGACAAAGGCAAUCCCUUUCUGAACUCAAAGUCUUGCGGGAGGAUCAGUAUGGCCGUUGCUGUUAAUGUCUCCCGUUUUGAAGCCAUUACUAUGGCUCCACCCGACCCGAUUCUGGGAGUUUCGGAAGCAUUCAAGGCUGACAAUGAUGAAAAGAAGCUCAACCUUGGAGUUGGUGCUUAUAGAACUGAAGAGCUACAGCCAUAUGUGCUUGAUGUUGUUAAGAAGGCGGAGAAUCUUAUGCUUGAGAGGGGUGAAAAUAAAGAGUAUCUGCCCAUUGAGGGUUUAGCAGCAUUCAAUAAGGUGACUGCAGAGCUGUUGUUUGGAGCUGACAGCCCCGUGAUCAGUGAACAAAGAGUUGCCACCGUUCAAGGUCUAUCUGGUACUGGAUCCUUAAGACUAGCUGCAGUUUUAAUUGAGCGAUACUUCCCCGGUGCAAAAGUUUUGAUUUCCUCUCCGACGUGGGGCAAUCACAAGAAUAUUUUCAAUGAUGCUAGAGUUCCAUGGUCCGAGUACAGAUAUUAUGACCCGAAGACAGUUGGUCUGGAUUUUGAGGGGAUGAUAGAGGACAUAAAGGCUGCUCCUGAAGGAUCAUUCAUCUUGCUUCAUGGUUGUGCUCACAACCCAACCGGCAUUGAUCCAACCCCUGAACAGUGGGAGAAAAUUGCAGAUGUUAUUCAGGAGAAGAACCAUAUCCCCUUCUUUGAUGUCGCAUACCAGGGAUUUGCUAGUGGGAGCCUUGAUCAAGAUGCAGCAUCAGUAAGACUAUUUGCUGCACGUGGCAUGGAGAUUUUCGUUGCUCAGUCAUACAGCAAAAAUCUGGGCCUCUAUUCCGAGAGAAUUGGUGCUAUCAAUGUCGUUUGCUCAUCUACAGAUACUGCAGCAAGGGUUAAGAGCCAGCUCAAGAGAAUCGCCAGGCCAAUGUACUCGAACCCUCCUAUUCAUGGGGCUAGAAUUGUUGCCAAUGUCGUUGGGGAUCCUGCUCUCUUUGAUGAGUGGAAAGCUGAGAUGGAGAUGAUGGCUGGGAGGAUAAAGAGAGUAAGACAGAAGCUCUACGACAGCCUGACCUCAAAGGACAAGAGUGGAAAGGAUUGGUCUUUCAUUCUUAAGCAGAUUGGCAUGUUCUCAUUCACUGGCUUGAACAAAAAUCAGAGCGAUAAUAUGACGAAUAAGUGGCAUGUCUACAUGACUAAAGAUGGAAGGAUUUCAUUAGCUGGACUGAACUUGGCCAAGUGCGAGUACCUCGCUGACGCCAUUAUUGACUCAUACCAUAAUGUCAGCUAAACCUCUCUGCAUCAUCGUGCACUGCAACAGAGGGCAGAAGCAUAGAAGCAGGCUAUUCAAGUUCUUUUGGUUGUUGUUGAGUUGGUAAUACUGCGAAGAUAUUAAUUUCGUCACUAAUAAUCCCCUUGCCUCUCUGUAUCGCCCUGAAUCUGGCUGGGGAAGCUUAAUGUUAUUAUUUGUCAGGGUAGUGUAGGAGAAGCCAUACGUACCCUAGAGCAAAGGACCUUUAGUGUCGGUAUUGGUUUUUGUGUGUGUCGUCUACUUUAUCAUUUGUAGGGUACUUAACUAUAUAUCCCAGAAGAAUAAACUGUAUUCACUUUCACAGAAAAUAUGAAGGCAUUCAACACUUGUUUUCUUGUCACCAAAGAAAUAGGACCAUGAAUGGAAAGUCAGAA